CAGCACACAAAAAGUUUUUUUUAAUUUUUAUGUUGAAUAGAAAUGGAUCAUAAACUGUCCAGUUUUACAGACGUCUUGGGUGAUGAAGUACAUGAUUCCCAACCUAUUUCGCUUUCACCAAAUAGCAUUAGUUCUCAAACACAGGAAAUAAAUGAAACUGAAAGUAUUGUUAAAAAAAAUCGCCCUCCGAAACAUACAGGACAAUAUGGUGAUUUUCGAAGCAUAGAUGAGAUUGAUGCAAAAUACAGACAUGUAUUCACGUAUCCUUUUUUCAAUUUAGUACAGUCAGGCGUAAUAGAAGAUGCUUUAUAUUCAGAUAAAUCCAUGGUGGUUUGUGCACCUACAGGUUCCGGUAAAACCGUUAUAUUUGAAAUGGCCAUAGUGCAGUUGUUAAUGAAUAUGGAUAACAAGAACUAUAGCGGCGAUUUUAAAAUUAUUUAUAUGGCUCCAGUCAAAGCUUUAUGUACUGAAAGACUAACAGAAUGGUAUCCUAAAUUUACGCAGCUGGGUUUGCUGUGUAUUGAAGUUACUGGAGAUACUGACGUCGACUUUAAUCAAUUGAAGCCUUAUCGGAUCAUAAUAACAACACCAGAGAAAUGGGACAUGCUCACUCGAAGGUGGAGAGACCAUAGGAGCCUAGUGGAAGUUAUCAAACUGUUCCUUAUUGAUGAAGUUCACAUAUUGAACGACGCAGUACGCGGCCCGGUGUUAGAAGCAGUCGUCAGUAGAAUGAAAACGAUACAGUCGUCAGCGCAAUCAGCUCACAGAAUUGAAUAUCUUAAGAGAAAAUUUAAUAGUCAUCACUAUGCAAUUAGUGUCGCCACAGAUGAAUCAGCACCUCCUAGGAUUAGAUUUGUGGCCGUUUCUGCUACUGUGAGUAACCCUGAAGAUGUAGCGACAUGGUUGGGAUCUAGUGAUAAGCCAGCAGUGUACUAUAGAUUCGGCGACGAAUGCCGUCCAGUGAAGUUGAAGCGUAUAGUAGAGGGGUAUCCUUGCUCGAACGGCACCAGUAUAUUCAAAUUCGACAUCAUAUUAAACUACAAACUGUGGCCGAUUAUACAGAAAUAUCACAAUGGAAAACCAACACUCAUAUUCUGCAAUACGAGAAAGAGCGUGAUACUGACAGCGGAAACAUUAUCUCGUGAAAUUACCAUCAAUUUCAAUCAGGAGCAGAAAGAUAAACUCAUGACACUUGCUUCAACGAUAAAGAAUAAGAAACUACAGUCAUUGAUUCUGGCUGGUGUCGCAUGCCAUCAUGCUGGUUUAUUGUUUGAAGAGCGAAGUAACAUAGAAAAAGCUUUCAGAAACAGAGAUCUACCGAUACUCAUCACAACUACAACAUUAGCAAUGGGCGUAAAUCUUCCAGCGCAUCUUGUGAUCAUCAAAAACACGCAACAAUAUGUCAACGGAGCAUAUCAGGAGUACAGCAUCAGCACCGUACUGCAGAUGGUCGGGCGAGCUGGCCGCCCGCAAUAUGACACCGAAGCCACCGCUGUCAUUAUGACCCGACUCAAUGAUAAGUCUCGAUACCAAGCCCUAGUAGGAGGCAGUGAGCCGCUACAAAGUUACCUUCAUAAACGACUGGCCGAAAAUUUGAACAGUGAGACCGCGCUAGGCACCGUAAAUGACGUCGCACAAUGCGUGCAGUGGCUACGUUCUACGUUCCUAUACGUUAGAGCUGCACGUGACCCCAGAAGGUACCUCGGGUUACCUAUUAACGCUCCGGGCCAUAUGAUUUCAAAGAAAAUUGAAGAAUUGUGCGUUAGAGCUAUGAAUGGACUAGCGAGUGCGGGGCUCAUUACAAUGGACGAAGCCAGUUGUAUAGAGUCUACCGAGGCUGGUCGUCUGAUGUCAGUAUUCUAUUUAGAUCUGGAAACUAUGAAGCAUAUAAUGAAGGUAUAUACUUUCCUUGUCUUACUUUUUUAUACUAUGGGUGAAAUUGGAAUAGUGAACCCGCCCUGCCCUAACGGUAUUAUACAAGCGAUACUUGGCUGUCUCCCCAUACCAGACCCUUCUCUACAUCAAGAGGCUAUGAAAAUUAUGAGAAUUGCUGACAGAGUAUGCAAAUGCUUAGUCGCAUAUGUAACACGCCCUGAUCUAAUAUCCCAAAAACCAAAAUACUUAGCGGCAGUAGUGAAUUCUGUAGUGCUUGCGAAAUGUAUAGCAGCUCAUUUGUGGGAGAACUCGCCGUACGUGAGUAGACAGAUGAAGGGAAUUGGCCCAACAUUUAGCACUCUCCUCGCUACGGCUGGUAAAACUAACUUCAUGCUGCUUGAAGAAAGUCACCCUAGGGAUCUAGAAAGGAUUAUGAACAAGGGACCACCUGCCGGCAAUGUUCUACGGAAACAGAUAAGCUUAUUACCAAAAUAUGAUAUUAAAAUUACACCUGUCGAUGAUAAAACGGUCUCUAUACAAGUGGAAUUAUUAAAUAAAAGUUAUUUGUUAGAGAACAUUGAACAUUUAACGGCUGGAGAAUCCCAUAAAAGCUACAUCAUCGUAGGCGAUUCUGAUAACCACGUACUGUUAUUGGCGACAUUCAAAGAUAAAGAUUUAAUUGGUGUUUAUGACGCAAGAAUUACUUAUAAUAUUACUAGGAAACACAAUUACGAGCAUAAAAUUAUAGUUAAUUGUAUUAGCUCAAACUUUGUUGGUAUUGAUGCAGGAUGUGAAUAUUUGUUUAAAGAUUUAGAAAAUUUGGGACAAGACGUGUCAAUGCUGAUACCUGGAAAUGUGGUCGCGGACCAAACUAUGCGGAGAGAUACACGUACAAUAGACGAGUCUAAACAACGCAAAAGAAAGCAUAAUGAUACAGAUAUAACAAUUUCUCGACAAAAAAAGAAAAGAGAAUGUGAUAUUGCAGAAAGGGUGAAAAUAUUAAAACAGUCUUUUGAAAAAACCGCAAAGGAAGUUAAAGAUAAUUUCCGUAAAUCGGAAGAAACAUCUAAAAAUAUGCUACAAGAAUUAAUUUAUCCCAAUAAAGAAGAAUUUGAAUUUGAAAUUAAGACAUCUUCAAAAUUGUAUAAAAACAAUAUAUCAGAAAUAAAUAUGGACAUGGAAUCGCAAGAUAAUAAUAUUCUUAUUCCUGAAAAUGAACAGCAGAUUAACCACAGUGAGUUAUUGAAUAAUAACGAAAUUGACAAUAUAUUAAACGAAAUAGAAAAUGAAAUAUCGGAAGUUAAAACGGUAUCCACAUUAAGGAAUAAUAACACAUUUGGUUUUAUGCAUGCGUCAAAUAAUAUAAGAGAUUUAAAAAAUAACAGUCGGCUAAAGAUUCAUAAAUAUAACGCAAUAAAUUCUAACAAAAAUCAAAACAAUUUCAAUUGUUCUAACAUGAACAAAAUUGAAAAUGGGCAACUAAAUCUAAGUAGUGAAGAAGUACACGAUCAUCGUUCAACAGAUACUAAAUUUAUCGAUACAAUAAAAUUACAAUUAAACAAUUAUUUACAACAAAUAGGAGAAUCCGUAAAUAAGCCUAAAUACAAUAAUAUAAAUAUUGAUGAGUUGUUGAUAGAAGAAAUUAACCAAGAAAAUAUUAUAAAAAAUGAAAACAGCCUAGAUAAUGCAGAGAAUGUUGAGAAAUGGACAGAGAAAACGAUUUCGCCAGAAAAUUAUAUGACCCUUGACAAUACAGUUCAUUUGGUAGAAGUUAAUAAUGUCUCCAUAGUAGAAAAUAAGUGCGAAUUGCAGAAAAUUGAUAAUGCAUCUCAUUUUGCUAAAAGAGAAAAAAUAGACAAUGAGGAGAAAAAGGAAAAUCAAUAUAAUUGCACCCCAGAAAUAAGCAAAUGUUUGAUGGUAUUUAAAAACAUGACAAUGGAAAAUACUAAAUCCAAAACAAAAACGAAACGAUCAAAUUUGAUGUCAAAUUCGAUACGAAAUAUAAGUUACAGAACUUCACCAGGUAUGGUUAAUAAUAAACUUAUUAAAAUUAAACUGGAUCAAAAGUUAGAGAAAAUAAUUCACUAUGAUAAUUUUCAAAAAAAUCCCGUAGAAUUAGAUUCUUUCAAUAGUGGAUUAUGCAACAUUUCUCCUGUGCAAAUGAAAAAUCAUAAUUCUAAAAUCGAAAGUAUGAGAAAAUAUCCAUACAUGUCUAAUCAAAUUAAUGUCUCAACAAAUAAUACAAUUAAUCGUCAAGUGUGUAUUAUAAAACACCUGACAGUAGAUUUAGAUAUAAAGGCAAUAGUAACAGAUAGAAAUCACUGCGACCGCAAUAUUAUCAAUUUUAAUGAAGUUAAUAAAAUGAAAUGUAUAAAUGCUGAACUUCCAAGUUUUAUACAAUGCUGCGUAUCUGGUAAUCCCUGUAGAGAUGUAAUUAAUAAAGCACAUGAAUCUGAAAUCGCAAUUACAUUCGCAAAAGACGAAAAACUAAAUUCUAAAACAAAAAAUUCUCUAAAUCUCAAUACUACAUGUGAUGCAAAGCUGGAAAAUAUAUUGCAGAAAUAUAAAACAGUUCUAAGAAAAAAUUACGUUCAAGGUGUAAAAGAGACCAAAGAAACAAACAAUUAUACUAAUAGUAAUAAAGUUUACGAAAUAAAAAUUAAAAAAGAAAAGCGACCCUUCAAAAUUGCCGAUCUAAAUAAAUUGGACAUUUCAUUAUCUGAAAUUGUUACUGAAGAUACCGAAUCGGAGGGAUAUAAAAAAAUGAACGCUAUUGACGAUGACAAACAUUUAUUACAAAUUUCUAAUCAUACAAUAGAUCGCAUAGAAAACGAAAUAGAUUUUAACAUUGUACUUAACAGCACAGAGCCCGAUAUACCCAAUCCCAUCUUACUUGAUACUAUUGUACCCUCAAACGAUUUUAAAAUUGAUGAGUCAAUGUUUAAUCCAAAAACACUUUUGCAAUGCUUGACAAAAGAGGACGACGAUAUAAUUAUACCACCACCUAUUGAAUUUCGUGAUGCUACUUAUUCGCCAGGUCACGACCAAGAUACUUUUGUUGAUAGUUAUCGUAUGCAUCCUAAUAAAUCUUAUACAGAGUGUGACAAAGAAUAUUAUAAAAUAAACAUUUUAGAAGAGAAUCAUUAUGAAAGUAUAGUGGAUACAAUAUUAAGCGACGACACAACUUCUCUUAACGAAGUUAAAACAUCGCCAAUUACACACGAAACAAUAUAUAGCAAUGAAUUGCAGCAAAGACCAAAUUCUUGGACUAUACACAGAAACUAUAUAGAUAGAGCCAAAGGUGUAGAAAAACAUUCUAAGCUGAAUCGAUUUAAAUUUAUGCGAGACUAA